GUGACGGCUGCCUUGACCUCAAGUCGAACUGUCGGCUGUCGACGUUUCCUAUCCCAAGAAGUACGGUCGAAGAUCCAAGCUGCCAUUACCGAAACUCCAGUCGUUCUUUUCAUGAAAGGCACUCCGGAUUAUCCCCAAUGUGGUUUCUCGCGAGCAGCGAUUCAAGUGCUGGAUCUUCAUAACGUUCCGGCCGAGAAAAUGAAGACGUUCGAUGUCCUGGAGGAUCAGGAGCUGAGGAAUGCGAUAAAGGAGUUUUCUGAAUGGCCAACGAUACCACAGUUGUAUGUAAAGGGGGAAUUUGUUGGUGGAUGCGACAUCCUUCUAUCCAUGCACCAAUCGGGUGAAUUAGAAAAACUUUUGGCAGAGAAGGAGGUCAUUCCCAAGGUGGAAGAGCCUGUUUCUGCAUAGAUUCAGAAUUCGUUGUCUCCUUCGUCUAUACAUGUCACUGUAAAUGAAGGAAUUAGUUGUCCCUCACAGCUUCUAAUAUAAGUCGUACUCACCUCAUGCACCUCACUCAUCAACA